CCCGCCGCGGUGGUACAGUCUGCAGAGGGACCCGCGCCGCGCCGCCGGCCCCCACAGAUGCCACACCGCCAGUGCUCCGCCGCCUCAUUGAAAGCCUUUUGGGGGGAUUUGUGAUGAUAUCUUAGCCAAGUCCAGAGGAAGAAAUGACCAUGUAGAUUCUACAGCUUGGGUGCAGCAUAAUGGGAAAUGGUGAAUGGAGUGGAGCUGGUCUGCAGCCUUGAAAGCAGCCGUUCUGCGGACCACUAGGCAGUCAGGGACACCUUCCACGCCAGAGGCAUCUCCACCUCGCUCGCUGGACACACACUGGAUUCUUUUUAAUUUCUGAGGUCGGAAUUCAAGAUUCCUUUCCUUCAAUUUUUAAACAGUUUUAAGAUUGUAUCAACUAUAACGAGUGGAGCAAUAUAAUCAGCAACAAUGGGUGACAUGACAAAUAGCGAUUUUUAUUCCAAGAACCAAAGAAAUGAGGCCAACCAUGCAGGAGAGUUUGGGUGCACACUGCAAGAACUGCGCUCCCUCAUGGAACUUCGAGGAACAGAAGCAGUAGUAAAAAUUAAAGAGACAUAUGGGGAAACAGAGGGGCUCUGCAGACAUCUGAAGACAUCACCAACAGAAGGAUUAGCUGGCACUGCUGCAGACCUAGAAAAGAGAAAGCUUAUUUUUGGAAAAAAUUUUAUACCUCCAAAGAAGCCAAAAACAUUCUUACAGCUAGUCUGGGAAGCGUUGCAGGACGUGACUCUUAUAAUCUUGGAAAUUGCAGCCAUCAUAUCUUUGGGGCUUUCAUUUUAUCAGCCACCUGGAGAAGGGAAUGAAGGAUGUGGUACUGCAGCAGGAGGAGCUGAAGAUGAAGGGGAGGCUGAAGCUGGCUGGAUUGAAGGUGCUGCCAUCCUGCUCUCCGUUAUCUGUGUCGUGCUCGUCACUGCCUUCAAUGACUGGAGCAAGGAGAAGCAGUUCCGGGGGCUUCAAAGUCGUAUUGAGCAGGAACAGAAGUUUACUGUUGUGCGAGGUGGACAGGUUAUCCAGAUCCCAGUGGCAGAGAUAGUAGUUGGUGACAUUGCACAGGUGAAAUAUGGUGACCUUCUACCUGCCGAUGGGAUAUUUAUUCAAGGAAAUGAUCUUAAAAUUGAUGAAAGCUCUUUAACCGGAGAGUCAGACCAAGUCCGCAAAUCUGUUGACAAAGACCCAAUGCUCCUGUCAGGUACUCACGUCAUGGAGGGCUCUGGACGGAUGCUUGUAACUGCUGUGGGUGUGAAUUCUCAGACAGGCAUCAUCUUUACUCUGCUGGGCGCUGGAGGAGAAGAAGAAGAAAAGAAAGAUAAGAAAGGUGUGAAACAGGAGGAUGGACAUCAGCUUCCAGUAGAUUCUUCCCAUCCCUCCUCCCACCCUCCUUCAGCUACAGAUGGUGCAGCAGGUGCAAAUGCCACUGAUAAUGCAAAUGCCAGCUUAGUCAAUGGCAAAAUGCAGGAUGGGAAUAUGGAGAACAGCCAGAACAAAGCCAAGCAGCAGGAUGGGGCUGCUGCCAUGGAGAUGCAGCCACUGAAGAGUGCGGAAGGGGGAGAGGGAGAUGACAAAGACAAGAAGAAAUCCAACAUGCACAAGAAGGAAAAAUCUGUUCUUCAGGGAAAGCUGACCAAGCUGGCGGUGCAGAUAGGCAAAGCAGGUUUGGUGAUGUCUGCCAUCACUGUAAUCAUUUUGGUACUAUAUUUUGCCAUUGACACAUUUGUGGUCAACAAGAAACAGUGGUUGCCCGAGUGCACUCCUGUCUAUGUUCAGUAUUUUGUUAAAUUCUUCAUUAUUGGUGUUACUGUACUUGUGGUUGCUGUUCCUGAGGGACUGCCACUUGCUGUCACUAUUUCUCUGGCUUACUCUGUAAAGAAAAUGAUGAAGGAUAACAACCUGGUGCGCCACUUAGACGCCUGUGAAACGAUGGGUAACGCCACGGCCAUCUGCUCGGACAAAACAGGGACGCUGACCACCAACCGGAUGACGGUGGUCCAAGCCUACGUUGGGGAUGUCCACUACAAAGAGAUCCCUGACCCAGAUUCUGUACCCGCCAAAACCCUGGAGUUGCUGGUCAAUGCAAUUGCUAUCAACAGCGCUUACACGACAAAAAUUCUGCCACCAGAAAAAGAGGGUGGGCUGCCUCGCCAGGUGGGCAAUAAGACGGAGUGCGGCCUCUUGGGCUUUGUCCUGGAUUUGAAGCAGGAUUAUGAGCCAGUUCGGAACCUCAUCCCUGAGGAGAAACUCUAUAAGGUUUACACGUUCAACUCCGUCAGGAAGUCCAUGAGUACUGUCAUUAAAAUGCCAGAUGGCAGCUUCCGAAUGUACAGCAAAGGAGCUUCUGAAAUUGUUCUGAAGAAAUGUUCCAGGAUCCUUAACGCAGCUGGUGAGCCUCGUAUCUUCAGACCACGUGACCGAGAUGAAAUGGUGAAGAAGGUGAUUGAACCCAUGGCCUGUGAUGGGCUGAGAACUAUCUGUGUGGCUUUCCGAGACUUCAACAGCAGCCCAGAGCCUGACUGGGACAACGAAAAUGACAUUUUAUCUGACCUGACUUGCAUUUGUGUUGUUGGCAUUGAAGACCCAGUAAGGCCAGAGGUCCCAGAAGCCAUAAGGAAGUGCCAGCGAGCUGGGAUUACAGUCCGCAUGGUCACUGGAGACAACAUCAACACAGCCCGUGCCAUUGCCAUAAAAUGUGGAAUCAUUCACCCGGGAGAAGACUUUCUCUGCCUCGAAGGGAAAGAGUUUAACAGAAGGAUCCGAAAUGAGAAGGGAGAGAUUGAGCAAGAGCGGAUCGACAAAAUCUGGCCAAAGCUUCGAGUGCUCGCUCGCUCAUCUCCCACAGACAAGCACACUCUGGUAAAAGGUAUUAUUGACAGCACACAGGUGGAACAGAGGCAGGUUGUAGCUGUGACUGGGGAUGGAACCAACGAUGGACCAGCACUUAAAAAAGCUGAUGUUGGCUUUGCAAUGGGUAUUGCUGGAACAGAUGUGGCAAAGGAAGCCUCAGACAUCAUCCUAACAGACGACAACUUCAGCAGCAUUGUGAAGGCUGUAAUGUGGGGACGUAACGUCUACGACAGCAUCUCCAAGUUCCUGCAGUUCCAGCUCACUGUCAACAUCGUGGCUGUGAUUGUGGCUUUCACCGGAGCCUGCAUUACCCAGGACUCUCCUCUAAAAGCCGUACAGAUGUUGUGGGUCAAUCUAAUUAUGGACACCUUUGCCUCACUUGCUUUGGCCACCGAACCUCCAACAGAGGCUCUGCUGCUAAGGAAGCCAUAUGGCAGGAACAAACCUCUUAUAUCCCGUACCAUGAUGAAGAACAUUCUGGGCCAUGCUGUUUAUCAGCUUACUCUCAUAUUUACGCUUCUUUUUGUCGGUGAGAAAAUGUUUAAGAUUGACAGCGGGAGGAACGCACCACUUCACUCUCCUCCUUCAGAGCAUUACACCAUUAUCUUCAACACCUUUGUCAUGAUGCAGCUUUUCAAUGAAAUCAACGCACGGAAAAUCCACGGCGAAAGAAAUGUCUUUGAUGGCAUCUUCAGAAAUCCCAUUUUUUGCACUAUUGUACUGGGUACCUUUGCUAUUCAGAUAGUAAUUGUCCAGUUUGGAGGAAAACCAUUUAGCUGUUCUCCCCUGCAGCUUGAUCAGUGGAUGUGGUGUGUAUUUAUUGGAUUAGGAGAACUUGUAUGGGGUCAGGUCAUUGCAACCAUCCCAACAAGUAGGCUAAAGUUUUUAAAGGAGGCAGGGAGGCUCACGGAGAAGGAGGAGGUCCCUGAAGAAGAACUCAAUGAAGAUGUUGAAGAAAUCGAUCAUGCAGAGAGAGAACUUCGACGUGGACAAAUUCUCUGGUUCAGAGGGCUUAACAGAAUCCAAACCCAGAUCCGCGUCGUGAAGGCAUUCCGUAGCUCUCUCUAUGAAGGUUUAGAAAAACCAGAAUCUAGAACCUCUAUUCACAACUUUAUGACUCAUCCUGAAUUUAGGAUAGAAGAUUCCCAGCCCCACAUCCCACUCAUUGAUGACACAGACCUAGAAGAAGACCCCGCUCUCAAGAAAAACUCAAGUCCACCGUCUUCGCUGAACAAGAACAACAGUGCUAUCGACAGUGGAAUAAAUCUUACAACUGAUACAAGUAAAUCAGCUACCUCUUCUAGUCCAGGAAGCCCAAUACAUAGCCUGGAGACAUCACUUUAGCUGAAAAGGUCACUGCAAAAAAAAAAAAUAAUAUUAAAAUAAAAUAAAAUAAAAAACCCACAGCAACCGAAAUAUAUAAAUAUAUAUAUUAAAAACAUUGCUGGCUGAAAAGCUGUUUGAACUCUUAUUCACUCUGAGACAAGUGAAUGAAUUGUUGAUCACAAUGGUUUUGGGGAAAGAAUGAAUGGCUGAUUUACAUACUCCCCCUCCCCCCUUCCUUGUUCCCUUUCAGAAAAACAAAAACAAACAAAAAAAAAAUCCUCCUGCAUGAAUGUACUGUACACUUCUGGCCCUUCUUUCUCUCUUUUUGUUUCUUUUUAUUUCCUUUUUUUUCUUUUUUUCCUCCUUAAGCAGGAACUGCAGAGGACUUCUUUCUGAGGCUAUUUAUCCAAUUCACUGGUCUGUGAGUUUUUUGAAAUGCUUGUGUGGCAUGGACUCAAUUGUAUAGAUUAAUUUAAAUAACUUUUUUGAAGUUGCAAAGCUUAACUUGCACAGUAGAUUUGCACCAGUUGGACAGAGGAACUUAAACAUUUAUGAGACUAUAUAUAGAGAUAUAUACAUAUAAGUAUAUACAUAAUUAAUUAUAUAUAUGUAUAUAUCUAUCUCUAUAUAUAUAGUUAUAUAUAUAUAAAGUUUCUUUGUUGGCAUGUUGCCUUGUUUCUGCUCAAAUUGCUCUGACUAUUUUAACUUAUUUAUGUCCUAAAAAAGAAUGUAAUUUGUUUACAAACCUGUAGAUAAUAUCCUUAACUAUUUGUAGGGUUAAGAAAGCACUUCCUGCCGAAGUAGUAUAAAAAUGGCUCAGCUCAGCUCAUUGAAAACGUCUGUAAUAUCGCACCCUGGAUAUUUUAUUACAACCAUGUUCUGAUUUCUGCCUGAUUUAUUUUUUUUUUGUUAAAUAAUGUAGAUACUGCUAGUAAAUAACAAAAGAAGCCAAAAUAUAACACAUUGGAUGUAGCAUUGUGAUCCUAUAUACAGGGAGGUAAAACAGGCUUCCUUUGUUUCAAAUAAAAAUCAAAAUGAUCAGG